CACUAAUUAACUUAAUACUUGCAGUAUUAAAUUUUUCUAAGAGUUGUUAUUCGUUACAAUAAAAAAAAUGGGGUAUUUUUUGUUUGCCCUCCUAAUUUUGUCAAUGGCGAGUGCAAACUAUGGAAGUGUUAGAGUGAACUAUAUAUAUAAUUGGACGCACGUUGACUUUGACUGGAAAAAUCAAAAGCAGAUGGAAGAUGCAAAAAAAUCUGGAAUUUAUGAUCCUCAUAAAUGCGUGAUAAUUGAUGGAACUAGAGCAAAAGAUGGUAGAGUAUUUGUUACUGUGCCGAGAGAAUUUGGCUUUUUUUCACCUGCUACCUUAGCAACAGUAACUAAUAAAACAGGACCAGGAGGUCCAAUUUUACGUCCGUAUCCAGAGUGGAGUUGGCAUAAUAAUGAUACAUGUACGUGCAAUGGUAUUACAAAUGCUUACCGAGUGCAAAUUCAAUGUAAUCACAUCUUCGUUCUGGAUAACGGCAAAAUUGGUUUAAAUCAAACUUGUAAUCCAAAACUAUUGAUCUUCGAUUUAAAAGAUGAUAAGUUAGUUGAAACUAUUUACAUCCCGCUUAGUAUCGCUACUAACCAAACGGGCUUUGGAGCACUGACAGUGCCUUAUGUUUAUAUUAAAAAUGGAAACUGCACGCAGUUUCUGGAUAAAAUUAUUAUAAUUAUGGCUGACGUGCGAGGUAACGGUUUAGUAGUGUAUGACUCAUCUACAAAGCGUAUAUGCAGAGUCGAAUCUGAUUAUAUGAAACCGACUGAUACUUUGGUUACCAUAGGAAACGUAACUUUUCCUUAUGCAAACGGUCCGUUCAGUGUGACAGUUCUUAAUGAUGAUGUUUAUUAUGCUUCUAUACAGAAAAAGGAAAUCUAUAAGAUAAAAAUAAAGACACUACUUGAAUGUCCAAAUAAAGAGAACGCUAAUAAAGAAAAUAAACUCGUAAUUAAAUUACCAAGCCAUACAGGACACAUCGCAUCAGCGGGAAAUUCAAUAUUUUAUUGCGAUAAUCAAGCAAUAGCUAUUCUAGGCACGAAUGUUAAGAAAGCUGGUAAAAACACGGUGAUGCUCGCACAAGACUUCGAAAAAUUGCAAGGCAUCCCUUCAAUGAAAGUUUCAAAUUAUUGGAAUCGGAUAAUGAUCGUAUCAAAUAGAUAUCAUCUUUUCGCUAUUGGUAAAACAAAUAUAAAUGAAACAAACUUCCGUUAUUUUGAAAUGGAUUUAAGCAAAAUACAGAAAUUGAUGAAUUAGAA